AUUGAGCAUGCGCAGAAAUUCAGUAAGAAGUAGAAAAAAAACAGUAAGCGAAGAGGGAAAAUUUUAAUGCUCGAAGACAUCUCGAUAUUACCCCAAAAUUUGUACAUAAUAGAAUUAUUUUAUAUACAUAGGACAACAUAUUUUAUAUUCAGGUUAAAGUGUAAAUAUUUAUAUCAAAAUGAACAAAUUUGACGCGUUAAAACUGGAUGAUUCUAAUAACGAUGACAGUGCAGAUGAUAACGAUAAGGAGGACGAAGAAGGGGAUUAUAGCAAGAAAAAUGGAAUGAAGGAUUUUGAUGCCGACAGUGCAGAGGAAGAGGAAUGGAAAAAAUAUCAAAAUGAGCUACUAGCCAAAGAAUGUAAACCAUUGGAAGGGGAACAUCCGUUGCAGUGUCCAUAUGUAUUCUGGUUUUCACGAAGACCUCCUGGGAAAAUCCAGUCGGCUACAAACUAUGCGGACAACAUCAAAAUUGUUGGAAAAUUUGCAUCUGUGGAACAGUUUUGGGGAUUUUAUAGCUUUAUGGUCAGACCAGGGGAGCUCACAGGUCACAGUGAUAUUCAUCUGUUUAAAGAUGGCAUUAAACCAAUGUGGGAGGAUGAGGCAAACAAAUGUGGGGGCAAGUGGAUAGUCAGGCUAAGAAAAGGACUUGCAUCAAGAUGCUGGGAAAACCUGGUGCUCGCAAUGCUAGGAGAACAGUUCAUGGUAGGGUCAGAAGUCUGUGGGGCAGUCAUUUCCGUCAGGUUUCAGGAAGACAUAAUAUCCAUAUGGAAUCGUAAUGCUGCUGACCAGGCCACAACAACAAGGAUUAGGGACACACUGAAAAGAGUGCUGAAUCUUCCCCCAAACACGAUCAUGGAGUACAAGGCUCACCAGGACAGCAUCAAAGAUAACUCCAGUUUCAGAAAUACAGAUGUUUUCCUGAGAUAAAAUUCCACAAGGGUGACUGAGCAAUAAGUCCAAUCUUCCUGUUACUGUUUAAUCCUCCCCUUCAUCAAAAUUUUAACAAUUGGUUUUUACUGAUUCUAUUGUUGGUUUAACAAAAAAUAUAUAGGUUUUAUAAACAUCUUUCCCUGGGCUAUAUUUAAGAAAAUGUUACUCUCAUGUGACUGUUUUUUGUACUGUAUAACUCAUUAAAACAUCAUGCAAA